UUGGUAACCAAAUAAUUGUCUCAUAAAUACCACCAAAGUAUUCGUAGAAAUAGAAUUUUAAAUGGAUUCCCAUCUAGACGAAUUACCGAAUACUGAUUCUUCCUCUUGGGAGGUAUAUUGUCCUGCCGAUUCGACCGUCAGCUUCUCUGAAGUCUCUGACGACGACGUCGAAGAGUUUUUUGAUGAUACCUAUAGUGACAUUGAACAUAAUGAUCAUAAUGAGCUUGAACAAUCAUCCAGAUCUGAGAAUUUGGAGAAUGCGAUUACUCAUUCAAUUGAUUGCCAGAAGGUAGAAAUGCUUAUGAAGCGAGUUUCUUCUUUGAAAGACACAAUAAUAGAUUUACGGGAGUCUAUAAGUGAGGAGCAUCGACUGUGGAAGCGAGAAUGUGAGGAAUAUAAUCUCAUUCAUGAAAGAUUAAAAUUUCGUGCACUAGAAGAGGUAACUACGGCAGCCCGUCUAGCUUCAGAAGCUUAUGUUAUUGAAUCAGCUAAAGGAAAUAGUUCCCAUACACCGCGUCGGAAUAUAUUGGAUAAUGAUUAUUACACAAAGCUGAAUCAAAUCGAAAGACUUUGCAAUGAAGAAUUGCGGAAUGUUUAUAACGAUGUGGAGGCUUUACAGCCCCUAAAGGAGAUUGUUUCUCAAUGGAAUAUCAGUGAUGAAAAAACUAUAGAUGAAUGUGAGGAAGGUAGUAAUUGAUGAGACCAUCUGUUUCGAAAUCUGAGAUUUAUUAUAAGAAAU